AUGAAUCAUUAUCUAUCUAUCUAUCUAUCUAUCUAUCUAUCUAUCUAUCUAUCCCAGUUUCUUUCUUUUUUCUUUCUUUCUUUCUAUACCAGUCUUUCUUUCUCUGCCUGUUCGUAUCUAUCUAUCUAUCUAUCUAUCUAUCUAUCUAUCUAUCUAUCUAUCUAUCUAUCCCAGUUUCUUUCUUUCUUUCUAUACCAGUCUUUCUUUCUCUGCCUGUCCGCAUCUAUCUAUCUAUCUAUCUAUCUAUCUAUCUAUCUAUCUAUCUAUCUAUCUAUCUAUCUAUCCCAUCUGUUCCUAUCUAUCUAUCUAUCUAUCUAUCUAUCUAUCUAUCUAUCUAUCUAUCUAUCUAUCGCAUUCAAUUCAUUAUGCAUCUAUCUACAUACAUUUGUUCAUUAUCUAUCUAUCUAUCUAUCUAUCUAUCUAUCUAUUUAUCUAUCUAUCUAUCUUAAUCAGUUCAUUAUACAUCUAUCUACACACACACACAUAUAUAUAUAUCACAGUUUGUUCAUUAUCUAUCUAUCUAUCUAUCUAUCUAUCACAGUCUGUUCAUUAUUUAUCUAUCUAUCAAUCUAUGUAAGAGGCGUUGUUGAAUGGUGA